AUGGGUAUUAAGGGUCUGUGGGAUGCCGUUGCUGCGGCUGGCGUCUCCUCUCGUGUGGAGAUGCUGCGCGGCAAGAAAGUGGCCAUCGACGCCAGCUUUUGGAUCGGUCACUGCAUUGCGUCUGAGACUGCUGAGCGCCGUGGCCAAGACGUGUAUGGAGUGUUCUUUUUGCGCAUCUGCUAUCUGUUGGAGAAGCGUAUCUACCCGAUAUUUGUUUUUGAUGGCCGCACUCCCGGUGCCAAGCGCCGUACUCUGUUGUUACGUAACAUGUCACGUGCGCAGCGUACCCGCAAUUUGAGGCUUUUGGCUUUCAAGGCACUGGCCGUUCAGAUGAAGCAUCUUGCGAAGUCUGGCAACGACCGCGUGUUUAAACCGUCCAGCUUCAUGAAACGCAAGAAAGGGUUUUCAUCGAAAGAGCUGCGCGCCAUAGCGGCGGAUUUAGAAGUGGUUGCUGAACCGAGUGCCUCUGAGCCCGUCCCGGCGCUCGCCAUUGAGGAUGUUGUGGCUGAAUCGUCGCCCAAGGAAGAUAAACUGUUCUCUUCAGAUGAUGAAUUUGAGGAUACCCCUGCACUCGAUAUUGCCCCGAUCGCUGAUGUACCUGCUGAAGGAGGCCCCCGUCGCAUCGAUAUCCUGACGAUGCCUCAAUCGUACAAAUCGCUGAAAAUGCGGGCUCGGUCAGGUGCGAACGUGGACUUGAGUUCCGCGUCCGGUGGUAACGAGCUCGACAGUUCGUAUUUUGACGUCAGCUCUGGGUCCCGCAGCCAUGGCCACGGUGUCGGGCGUUCUAAGCGUACGAUUGAGCUCCCCCUCGACUGCUCCAUAAACCCCGAGAGCUAUGAGCAGUUGCCGAGCGACGUGCGUUACCAGAUAAUGAACCAGAUUAAAGACGCAUGGAUGUACGACGACCGCGUAAACUUGCUUCGCCACAAAUCGGCGCUGAACGAGUUUUCUAAUUUGCAGGUGGAGAGUUACCUGCGUGAUGUGGAGAUUAACCGAGAGAUCGAGAAGAUCAAGCGGUCCCUCAUCCGCGAAACGAUGCCGAGCGGUGCGUUGAAGAGCGACUGCGACGUGAACUUCGACCAGGCAAAGGUAGAGGCUCUGGAGGAUGAGAUCCACGACUACAAUGUUGCGGAGGGCAAGUCUCGCCGUAAGCGCCGCUUUUUGAACGACCUGAGUGAGAACAUGCAACCGGACCUUUACAACUUCGCCGUAGCCCCAAAUGUGAAAACCGAGCCGGUGGAGGUCGACGAUUCGCUGUUUCUGCGCGAUUCGGAGAUUUUCGGCGACCUGGUAAAGUCGGAGUCGGAGGACGAGUUCGAGGUAACGGACGAGCGAUUUCCUCGAAAACCCGUUGACGACUUUGAAGUGCUGGAUGAGACUCCAGCCGUAUUAUGGUCACCGAAAUCAAUUGCUGGAGCAAUCCAGCAGUCUUCAGAAAUACCCGGCGCAGCCUCCGCCAUUAUGGAUUCUUGUGGCGUUGCCUCCGAGCCAUCUGCAAUACCAUCUGAAGACCCAACUAAAGAUGAAAUACCUCAUAAAUGUGCCAAUGGCCUUUUAUCCGACACCGGUAUCGAGACGUAUCCAUUGUAUAAUGACAUUGUCCAUGAAGGUACCUGUAUGGGCACUGUCGCCUCCAAUCCAGACAGCGACGAAGAACAACAUAACUCAUCCUCCCAUUCCCCCGGUUACUUAUCGGAGGCUUCUGGAGAUUCCGAUGCGGGUAGUAAAAGUUUAUCUGAUAUUGGCGACGACAUGUCUGAGCUGGGUUCGGAUGAAGCGCUUGAAAUAAGCUCAUCUUCCGAAUCCUGUGAUGAGCCGGUCCCCAGCAGCCAAAAAGAGUCUAUUGGCUCACCCGAAUUCGAUGAUGAGGGUUGGAAUAUCGAUGAUGAUGAGGAUGUUGUGUCAGUUGCCACCGAAGGGGAUACCGGGAUACCGCCUGAUGACGACGAGGACGUUUCACCCGCCAACGUAGGUUCAGACGCACAAGACGCACCCGAAUCAGCCGAACAGUGUCAUAAGGAAUCAGAGGAUUCGUCUCGGAUUAGUGCAGAGGCAGCCAAUGAGGAUUCUGCCGCUGCGGAUGAUGCUACUGCAGCCAGCGAGAGCAUUGUCGCCUCCGGCCCGGCUCCCAUGUACAACAACGAGUGGCAGUAUCGCGACUUUUUGCGUAUGGAAAAACUGUUCAGCCACGCAGAGCGCAGCACGUACCGCAUGGAUGAGUGGGAUAAGGUUCCCGAGCUGCUGGAUCUGUUCGGUCUGCCAUUUCUGGUUGCCCCGUCUGAGGCCGAGGCGCAAUGUGCCCAUUUGAACAAGAUUGGCCUGUGUUUCGGCGUAAUCUCUGACGACUCCGACACUCUGGCAUUUGGAGCGAAGCGUGUUUUCAAGAGAUUCUACAGUGGCCAGAUAUUUGAAUCGUACGUAUCCGAGCGUGUGGUGCGUGAGUUGGGCCUUGGUCAAGAGCAGAUUGCCCUUUUGGCCAUCAUUUGCGGGUGCGACUACACUCCCGGAGUGCGUGGAAUAGGUGUUGUUAACGCCCUGGAGGUGAUUAAGGCGUUUCCGACCUUCGAUGAGCUGUACGAGUUCCGCAGGUGGGCGACUAGCGACGUGGACCUGGCCACGGUAACUGAUGACCCUUGCCCUAUAAAGCGCGCCUACAAGGAGUCGCACGUGAAUUACCGCCUGCACUGGUCGUUCAGCAGCGACUUCCCGAAUCGCGAGGCGUACAACCUGUUCCUGUCGCCGGUGGUGUCUAGCACGUUCGACCCUCGGUGGCGCGCGCCGAGGUUCGAGGAAGUGAAGCGUUUCAUGGCCAAACAUUCGUCACUGCCUGAGUCUGAGGUGGAUACGUGUUUGUCCAAGCUGCGCGUGAAGGACAACUUCGAAGGCUACAUUUUGGAGGACUUCGUGCCAGAGAUCCACGCAGGCUCGCACCGCAAAGGCCACCGCAGCCUAAAAUCUAACCGAAAGAUUUUACAAGAGCGUCUGUCGUCCUUCCGCGAGUUUCUGUCCGAACGCGAGCGUCGCAAGUCUAAGAAGGCUCGCGCCCGUCAGCGGCCGUUGCGCGCCUCUGGGAACUCGCCCCCUCGCGUGGCAUUCAUUCGGUCGAAGCGUAUGCUUGCGUCGAUCGAAUCGCUGAAGCAGCGUGCGCAGGAAGAGCGCGUGACGUCGCCGUAG